AUGUUUAUUCCCGCGUGUCGCAGGAUCCAGUCACAGCUUGGAGUGGCUACUGCUCCACAGCAAUAUAUGUUUACCAAGAAAUCCUUAAAACAAGGUAUUGCAUCAUCUCGACUGGAGAAGUAUAAUUACACGGCUCUUAUUGGUCCGCAGUGCUCGGGCGUGUGUGACGUAGUCGCUAAACUCGCCGCCUACCGGAACUUGCCUAUCUUCUCCGGAGUUUGUCAAGACCGACUGAUGCAAAACAAAGACGUUUAUAAGACUCUGACUCGGUUCCUGGGCAGUUUCAACGUGAUUGGACAGGCGGUCGUGGGUGUGAUGAACGAACACGGCUGGACACGGUUCGGGCUUAUCUCCGAGGUACACAAGGACAAAAUCUGGAUCCUGUCACGUGACGGAAUCACGGAAGAGGCGGACAAGGAAAACCUUAGUAUAUCGAUGUCACGUGAGGUGGGCGUGGGACAAGAGGACAGUCUUGAGGACAUUCUCAAGGACGUGGCCAAGGUCUCCAGAAUUAUUGUUCUCGCUGUGAGAGGCGAGACCUUACGAUCGUUGAUGAUUCUGGCUCACAAACAUGGCUACACCACUGGAGACUAUUUCUUCAUUAAUAUUUAUUAUUAUCGCAUUGAGGCCGUAUUUGGGGAUUUCUCAUGGAAACAAAAUGACGAGUAUGAUGAUAUUGCCAAACAAGCCUACAAGUCCCUCCUGUUUAUUUCCUACUUUACACCUCCAACACAAGACUUUGACGAUUUUCAGGAAAAAGUCAAGCUGAAGUCGUUAGAACUGUUUAAUUUCUCGUACAGCCCGAAUGCCUCGAUCCCGUAUCCAGCCGCGAAUCUCUACGAGGCGAUGUGGACCCUGGCCAUCGCACUGGACGAAACGUUGGCGGAGGGGGGAGAUAUUUCCAACGGAACACUCAUCUCGAGGAGAUUAUGGGGACGUUCAAUAAACGGUACCACAGGACAAGUCACGCUAAACAGUAACGGUGACCGGGAACAAGGCUAUUCCAUGUUUCAGAUAAAAGACACCAGCUACUUUACGUUUAAGGGUGGUGCUGGUGGUGAUGAAGAAGAAGAAGACGACGACGACGACGAUGAUGGUGAUGGUGGUAAUGGUGAUGGUGAUAAUGAUGAUGACGACGACCACCACCACCACGAUGACGAUGACGGUGAUGAUGGUGGGGUGGUGGUGGUGGUGGUGGUGGUGGUGGUGGUGGUGGUGGUGGUGGUGGUGGUGGUGGUGGUGCCGGUGGGUUAUUAUUUCUCACGUGAGGGUUAUUUCAAGUCUAUGGAGGACAGUCCAAUACUUUGGCCCGGGGGGUCAAAUACGCCUCCCCCAGACACUCCGCUCUGUGGGUUUUACAACGAACGAUGUUAUCAGGGGCUGACUGACCGCGAACGUCUUUACAUUACUCUGGCGUCCCUGCUCGGCUGCCUGGGGUUAGUCAUCAUCAUAGCCAUCCUUAUUGUCUGGAUCGUCAUGAGACAUAUGAAAAACAAAGCUAACGAAAUGUUGUGGAGAGUUCACAUGGCCGACGUCACAUUCACGAACAAGUCGGGAAUGUCAAUGACCCGCUCUGUGGGCAGUCUAGUAGCGGUGAAAAACUACAGUCACGUUACCCAGUCUUACAUCGGCAACAACAUGAAAGAAUAUCGCCAGGACAUUCUAGAAAACGACAGUAUCACGCUGGACUUCACAUUUCGCUACUCUCUCAUCUGGGAUAUCCUUAAGGGAUUGUCGUAUCUUCAUGAUAGUCACACGAAAUACCACGGCAACUUGAAAAGUCUGAACUGCCUUGUGGACGGGCGCUUCGUGGUGAAGCUGGCGGACUUCGGCCCGAGGGCUUGGAUAUCCUCCAAACAGCGGGCUGACAAAGAUCUCCUGUGGACAGCGCCCGAAUUUCUGUGGUCCAGAGAAACACCGAAUACUGCCUGCUUUGUCAAGGGUGACAUCUAUUCUUUGGGUAUAAUAUUGCAAGAGAUCGUCUGCCGAUGCGGCGUGUUUUACGUGUCAUCUGAAGACUAUUCGCCAACAGUGGUGCCCGGUGACAACAUCACAGUGGUACCUGGUGACAAAAUCACAGUGGUGUCUAGUGACAACCUCACAGUGGUGCCUGGUGACAGCCUCUCAGUGUUGCAUGGUGACAACCUCACAGUGGUGCGUGGUGACAACCUCACAGUGGUGCAUGGUGACAACCUCAUAGUGGUGUCUGGUGACAACCUCACAGUGGUGUCUGGUGAAAACCUCACAUUGUUGCCUGGUAACCUCACAAUGGUGCCUGGUAACCUCACAGUGUUGCAUGGUGACAACCUCACAGUGAUGUCUGGUGACAAUCUCACAGUGGUGUCUGGUGAAAACCUCACAUUGUUGCCUGGUAACCUCACAGUGGUGCCUGGUGACAGCCUCACAGUGGUGCAUGGUGACAGCCUUACAGUGGUGCCUGGUGACAGCUUCACAGUGGCGCCUGGUGACAGCUUCACAGUGGUGCUGGGUGACAAAAUCACAGUGGUGCCUGCUGACAGCCUCACAGUGGUGCCUGGUGACAGCUUCACAGUGGUGUCUGGUGACAACCUCACAGUGGUGCCUGGUGACAACCUCACAGUGGUGCCUGGUGACAGCCUCACAGUGGUGCCUGUUGGCAGCCUCACAGUGGUGCCUUGUGACAACCUCACAGUGGUGCUUGGUGACAGCCUCGCAGUGGUGCCUGAUGACAACCUCACAGUGGUGCCUGAUGACAACCUCAUAGUGGUGCCUGAUGACAACCUCAAAGUGUUGCCUGGUAACCUCACAAUGGUGCCUGAUGACAACCUCACAGUGUUGCCUGAAAUUCUUCAACAGUUGAUAAAGCCGAGUAAUAAAGGUCUGAGGCCUUCGCUGGAUGAAAAAUCGUGCCCCGAGAAGUUGAAAAAGCUGAUUGAGGCGUGUUGGGAUGAGGACCCGAGUCUGAGGCCGCCACUCAAACAAGUCAUGUCUUCGAUGACGGAAAUCGCAGGGGACAAAUUUCGCUCAGGUAAUAUCUUUGACAACCUUUUGGCGCGGAUGGAGCAGUACGCCAACAAUCUGGAGUCUCUGGUAGAUGAGAGGACGGGUAAAUAUCUGCAGGAGAAGAAACGAGCUGAGGAGUUGCUGUGUCGACUUUUACCUGCGACUGUAGCUAAGGAAAUACAGGAGAAGGGUUUUGUGGAUCCGGUAUCCUUCGAGUCGGUUACGAUCUGUUUUACAGAUAUUGUGGGAUUCACGUCCAUAUCAGCCGCCAGCUCGCCCAUGCAGAUCGUGGCCAUGUUAAACGACUUGUAUUCAAGAUUUGACGAUGUCAUUGAUGAGUUUGACGCCUACAAGGUGGAAACAAUCGGGGAUGCUUACAUGGUGGUGUCAGGUCUCCCAAAUAGAAACAAGAAUCACGUGACUGUCAUGGCGUCACUCGCUCUGGAGCUGAUUUCCACAGCGAAAGUGUUCAGGAUUCGGCACUUUCCGGAGAAACCUCUCCUGCUGCGAGCAGGCCUUCAUACGGGUUCUUGUGUGGCUGGUGUAGUGGGGCUUAAGAUGCCGAGGUACUGCUUGUUCGGGGACACUGUCAACACGGCCUCCAGGAUGGAAAGUACAGGAGAAGCUCUUAAGAUUCACGUCAGUGAAGUAACAGGUGCGGUUUUACGGGACAAUCCCGCAUUUAGGCUGGAGCGAAGGGGAGAGGUGGCCGUCAAGGGUAAAGGACAGAUGACGACGUAUUGGUUGGAGAGUGCGGACACACAACCUGACCAGGGAGGGCAGGGGUGUCAGGGGACUGGACAGUCAUAG